UCUUUGAGUUCGUAACAUUAUAACAAUAAAAAAAGAUGAAAAGACGAAACAGGACAGCAUGUGGCAGUUCAAUAUCCUUUUUUCCAAAAAGACACAAUGUGUGAACUGAAGACCCUCCAAAUCGUGGAUUGCAGAUAGGGAAUCAACCAAUAAGUAUCCAAAUCUUAUCCACGUGUCGAUUACUUGAAUCACUGUUCUACAUGGAGCACCAGUACCUCAUCAAUCACAGCAACACAAAUUUAAUUCAAACUAAAUAAAUUAAAUAAAUUGUAAAACAAAAAAAAUAGAGGGGAAAAGAAAAUCAAAACACUACAACGGCAGCAAAGGAUAGGAUUUGUAGCGUCCGAGCGGCCACAUAUCCGAACCAGGGAAAGUUAAUUUUGAAAUGGCGGCAGCAGCAUCAUCCUCCAUUGCGGCCGCCGCCGUUUUGAUUCCACGUGUCCCCACCGCCGUUAGAACCAGCCGCUGCUCUGCCUUGCCGCCCCUCCCUCCUUGCGUUUCCUCCGCUAAGUUUUCCUCUUCCGUUAAGCUAAUUGCAGAAUCCCGGAGGCUUUCUCUGCUCCAGACAAAAGCCUCAGAGGACACCUCUGUUGAUGCUGGGGAGCUUUUCACUGACUUGAAGGAAAAGUGGGAUAAAGUUGAGAACAAGUCUACAGUUAUUCUUUAUGGUGGUGGGGCAAUAGUUGCUGUUUGGCUAUCAUCUAUUCUUGUUGGUGCUAUUAACUCUGUCCCCCUGCUUCCAAAGAUAAUGGAAUUGGUUGGACUUGGAUAUACAGGAUGGUUUGUCUACAGAUACCUUCUCUUCAAGUCAAGCAGGAAAGAACUAGCUACAGAUAUUGAGGCACUGAAGGAGAAGAUUGCUGGUAAUGAAUAGAUGUACAAGAUUGGCAUGCUCAUUUGUUUUCUAUCAUUUUCUUUUUGGUCCCUUUCUACCCUGUAAAAGAGACGUCUGCCUCCCGUAAUUGUAGGAUUGCCUUGUAUGAAUUUCUUGUCAGUUUUAAUUUGCUCCAUUCGUGGAAUAAUACUUGUCAAUUUUAUGUGUAUGGGUAUAAUUCCCAUUUUAUAUAUAUAUGCCAUGUUGAUGUGGAGAAAGUCGUUUCCUCCACUCAAAUGUACAAUGAAUGUAAUAUAUUUCCUUUGCCAACGCCACCUUGGCAAAUACCAGACAGCAUAUUCCCUUAGCGCAACAUGCGUUAGAAUAGAAUUUGAGCCAUACAGAAAAUAUCACAAACUUUAUACAACUUUCGGUUCUUUUCCACAUUAAAGAAUCCCAUGGCAUUCGAAACAUUAAUAACUUCAUAUGGCGCCUGACGUCCUCUUAUUGAUUUUUCUCAUUUUUCUUUCGUGCGAGUUAAGGACUGGAAAUGGUUUAAGAAACUAAAUCCACAAAAGAUUGAAUGACUCUCACCCUGCUAUCAUCUUCAUAUUCAUUAACUGUGCAGAAAAAGCAACAAAUCGAACUUGCAAAGACUUGACAUUAAUUUCUCUAUAGAUUUAUGGGUUUGCUAAACUUAAGUAUGUAAUCAUAGUUGAAUUGGAACUCUUUUCCUUAUGCCUAUGGGGAGGAAUCUAAUAGCCUGGAUGUCAUUCUAAGUGAAACUUGUGACUUGUGAGUAUGAACCAGGCAAGAGCUCUUACUCUAGAGGUGGAGGUACAACCAUAUAUAAAUAACAUUCAUUGUUGAUUAACGCAUGAUUUCAUACACUAGAACACACGAAAUUACCACCGAUCAAUUUAGUUAUGGUGAAAGAAUGGGUGAUUAAAGCCUUCCAGCUCGCAGUAAUGGUUAUGUCUAAAGCCAUAUCAAGGAUGGCGCCAGAAAUCAACAUUCUCAUAACACUCACGGUGAAGCUAUUCUUAGGUGCCGGGAGAAACAAUGCCAAAAUUUUUACACAACUUAGGUCAAAGGUAGCACACUUUAUCUUAGCGAAGGCAAUGGGUAAAACAUGAGAAAGGGCUUGGUCGUUGAAGCUGGGCAUGGUUUUUAGGCUAUCACCUAUCAAUAAAUGAAAUUGAAUAUAAAACGUGAGUGAAACACAGGAGCAUCAAGCUGUGAACAUCUAAUCCAUGAAUUCCUCAAUUCUCUACCCCCAAAACAUGCUUUAAUACAAUGUUGAAUAAUCAAGCAUCAUAAAAACAGUGAAAUUAUGCCAAAAAAAAAAAAAAA